CAGCAGCUUUACGCACGCACCAAGCUCGGAGCUCUUCUCUGAUUUCACCGCGGCUCACUGUGGAUGAUUAAAAACAAAACCCCUAAAGAAAAGACACAGCAAUGGCAGUGAUGAUAAGAAACGAGGUGUUCUCCUGUUUUGUUUUCUACGGCGUGCUCCUGGUGGUUAAAAUGUACGUUAUAGCGAUCAUAACGGGACAAGUGAGGCUGCGUAAAAAGGCUUUUGCCAACCCAGAGGACGCACUGAGACACGGAGGUUUACAGUAUCAUAGAGAGGAUCCAUACGUGGAGAGGUGCAGGAGAGCUCAUAUUAACGACUUGGAGAACAUCCUCCCCUUCCUCUUUCUGGGUGCCAUCUACUCUAUGACUGGACCUUCCCUGGCAGUGGCCCGCCUUCACUUCCUGGUCUUCUUCAUGGGCCGUGUGCUGCACAGCGUCGCCUACCUGUUGGCCCUGCGAGCGCCGACCCGCUCUCUGGCCUACACUGUCGCACAGAUACCUUGUGUUUCCAUGGCUCUGCAGAUCCUAACAUCAGUUGCGGCGUACGCCUAAAUAUCCACCAAGUAGGGACCGAACUCGAGGGGUGAAAAACUCUGGGUGAAAAGAUGGCUACGGUGGUUAUGAUUUGUAGCCCGUGUCAGAGGGAGCAGGAGGAGGAUCGCUUGAGGGGCCUCCUGGGAAGACAAGAAUGUCAGUGCAAUAUAAGGUGUGCGGUUACACUAGUGCUGGGUUUCGUGAGAUUCUGUCAGUAUUUUUAUUUUGAUAUUUACAAAUGUGACAAGGUCUUAAAAGAUAUCUGAAGUUGACAUCAUAUGCUGUAUUUCAAAUGAAGGUUGUUGCUCGUUUUAAACCAGGACUUUGUUGGAAUUCAAAGCUCACUGACGGACAGUUGUAGACAUUUAGCGUAAGCCACUUUGGAAUAUUUUUCCAGCGCUGCACUGUAUGUUGAUCCCUGAGCCCUUUUGUGUUUACACACACAACACAGACCACCAUUCGUGUGGUUUCGUAUCCCCAUCGUGGCUUCAUCUGUUUCCUGUGCGGAUUUUCCAUCUGUUGUGUUAACAUUUGUUCGGGUUAUGUUCAACAAAACCAUAAUGGCUGAUGACAUGAGGACUGACGGGGCGGUGGAAAGUCUUACCUGAUGCCCCGUCUGUAUGAGUGAGACUGUUUCUCAAAUAACCUAAGCAGGAGGAGCCGCUUGGACUGAGAAACAAAUAUCUCGCAACAACCUGCAGAGAAAGAUUUUAUGACAUGUAAUAUUGUAAUUUUAUCUGUGAAAAUGUAUUUUGAGGCUAUUUUUUUGAAAGGUUUUAAUGAUAAUUUAUUCAAUUUAAUGUAUGCAGUCAGGGUUUUGACUCCCCAGAUACUUUUUGUAGGCAAUAAAACAAUUCACAACCAA